CAAUCCUCGUCUUUCAAACACCGUCGGCUUCUCCGUUCUCUGAGCGCUCCUCUCACUUCCUCACUCUCUCAAAGCUUCCAUCUUUACGACUCUCAAGGCGAAGAUGAGUAAACGAAAACGACCAGAGCCAAAAUCAUCAUCCUCCGGAAUAAACGAAGACGAGAAGAACAUCCUGGGCCUAAUCCGAAGCAAGCAAGGCAAGGGAGCAACAACCUCGGAGAUGAGAUCAGCCACAAGCAUCCAACAAUCCCUCAUCACAAAAGCCAUCACUUCCCUCAAGAAGAGCAAACUCAUCAAAGAAGUCCCCAACAUGAACAACAAAGGCAUCAAACACUUCCUCGCCGUCGAGUUCGAGCCUUGCAAGGAGCUCACGGGCGGUGACUGGUACAUAGACGGAGCCCUCGACGUCUCCAAGAUCGAAGGGCUCAAGGAGAUUUGUGUGAAGAUACUCGAGAGGUGUGAGAGGGCUAAGAAGGUUGUUACUCUUGAUGUUGUUUAUAAGUAUUUUGAUAAGGAUGGUGGUGAUGGGGAUCAGUUGAGUAGAGAGCAGAUUAGGGAGAUACUUAAGAACUUGGUUUUGGAUAAUGUUGUUAUGGAGGUGAAGAGUAAUGGGCUUAGUGGGUUUUCGGCUACGAGGAUUGGUGAGAUUUGUUAUAAGUUGACUGGGAAGAAGGGUUGUGGUGGUGGUGGUGGUGAAGCGAGAGAUGGAGCUUUUGCUUUGGUUCCUUGUGGGGUUUGUCCUCAUAUAGGGAUUUGUACACCUGAUGGUCUUAUCUCUCCUAUGACUUGUGUUUAUUUUCAGAAAUGGUUAGACUUUUAG